UGGUCACACAGUGACAGUUGGUGAUACCUAGAGUCAGUUGUGAGGGGAAGGGGCUGGAGCCUGCUGCAGGCAGGAGCAGUUACACACUCGGCUCAUAGUGGCGAAAACGAGAGGAAGAGAGUGGAGGAGAUGCCCAGUGAGACUCAGGGAAGCAAUAGCCUCCCUUAGGGAAGCAAUAGAGAGAGCUGAGAGGCACAGAAGUGCUGUAGGCCCACAAAGCCAAGCUGGGGCAAAGAAAUAGAUGCUUCAGUGUUGAAAAUGGAAGAGGGCCUAAUUAUGAAAUGAAUUGUUCACAGAACCGUCCAUCUUCUGCUGGUGAUGGCGGUGGAGUUUUUGUGAAAGAUCUUGAACACUACCUGAGUUCGCAACUGCCUGCAGACGUUCCCAACAGACAAGUAUUUCUGGACGGUCUAAACAAUGAAAUUCUUGGUGUUUAUCAGUCAUAUUUUAAACAGAAGGAAUACCUUCGGAUUAUUGAUAUUAGAAGUGUUGCAAAACUGAAGGCAUUGGUAUUUGAGAAGCUGAAAGGAAAGCAGUUUGAAGGAAUGAAUGCCCAGUGGCUACUUGUGCAGAAAAUAAGAUCUCAACUGACGAAAGAAAUGAAAAAAUCGUUGGAAGAAUUCACUGAUUUAGCUUGUUCAGAGGAUUGCUCCGUGAUCGAGGGACCUGCACUGGACAGCUGGACAUGUCUUCGUAUUCGAGCUCAGUGCUUUGAUGGAUCUGUGUGUGGAGAGGACGAUGAUCGUGAUGCAGAAAAGAAGGAAUUGAACAUGUAUCUUUUCCUAGUUGCAGAGUUUACACUCCUAUCCUCCAUCUUGCUGUGGGCCUAUAUUUACAGUUAUCAUCAUUGUAAAAUACUAAUUAAAUUGAGGUGCAAGAGAAAGAAAACUGUACCGUUAGCCAAGAAAGAUCUGGAAGCUAAUCUGGAGGAUGAAACUAAAAUCAAACAUGAAAAGUAUGAUGCAGAUGGCAGCUAGGAUGAUGCAGAUGGGGACAAGGAUGACGCAGAUAAUUGAUGAUGAUAAGAACAAUGUAUGAAUCAUUUUAAUGAAUCUGACUGCAAUAACACUGGAAACAACAAAAUA